AUGAAUACCACCCGGAGUAUAACCAAUAACUCAAGGUUUCAAGUGUCUGAGUUCAUCCUCAUGGGUUUCCCAGGAAUUCAUGAAUGGCAGCACUGGCUCUCCUUGGCCCUGGCUCUGCUCUACCUCCUAGCUCUUGGUGCUAAUCUCCUCAUCUUGAUCACCAUCCAACAUGAGCCUACACUGCAUCAGCCCAUGUAUCAUUUGCUUGGUAUUUUGGCCUUAGUGGACAUUGGCCUGCCUACUACCAUCAUGCCCAAGAUCCUGGCCAUCCUCUGGUUUAAUUCCAAGGCCAUCAGCCUCCCUGAGUGUUUUGCUCAGAUCUAUGCAAUACAUACUUUUAUGGCUAUGGAGUCAGGCAUCUUUUUCUGCAUGGCUGUUGAUAGAUAUGUAGCCAUUUGCUGUCCCCUUCAGUACACCUCCAUAGUCACUGAGCCUUUUGUGAUCAAAGUCACGUUGUCUAUCAUACUCAGGAAUGGCCUUUUGAGUAUGCCACUUCCUGUACUGGCUGCCCAGAGACAUUACUGCUCCAGGAAUGAGAUCGACCACUGCCUAUGCUCCAACUUGGGGGUCACUAGCUUGGCGUGUGAUGACAUCACCAUUAACAGAUUUUACCAGUUGGCUUUGGCCUGGGUUAUACUUGGGAGUGACAUCGGUCUGGUCUUUGCUUCCUAUGCUUUAAUUAUUCACUCAGUGCUGAAGCUGAGCUCCACUGAAGCAAUAUCUAAGGCCCUGAAUACCUGCAGCUCUCAUCUCAUCCUCCUUCUCUUUUUCUACACAGCUCUUAUUGUAGUAUCUGUUAUUCAUCUGGCAGAAAUAAAAGUUCCCUUCAUCCCUGUUCUCCUCAAUGUGCUGCACAGUGUCAUCCCCCCAGCCCUUAACCCCAUGGUGUAUGCCCUGAGGACCCAGGAGCUGAGAGUGGGCUUCCAGAGGGUGCUCAGUUUAGGUAAGAGUGUGGCCAGGAAGUGA